UACUGUGCGCCGGAGGCAGUUCGUACUCAGUCCAGGCAUGGGGUUGACUGGAGAACCGAGCGAAAUAAUUAAAAACUAUCAGAAAUGGAAAAAGAAAUAUCAACGGAGGAAGACCAGGCUAAAGCAGGAGCGGAAGCUGCGGAAACCCGAAUGGCAAGUGGAGAGGGAGGUGAUCGCCCGGUUGGUGCAGCGUUAUCCCGAGAUAAGUGCCAAGGAGGUGGUCAAAUUUUCAGAUCUUCCAUUAUCCAAAAAAACCAUUAAAGGUUUGUUGCAGGCUCAAUAUCGUAUGCCCACAGAAAUACAGAAGCAAACAAUUGGACUAGCCUUACAAGGCAAAGAUAUUCUUGGUGCUGCAAAGACUGGAUCUGGGAAGACGUUGGCAUUUAUUAUUCCUAUAUUGGAAUGUCUUUAUCGUCAACAAUGGACAUCGGAAGAUGGAUUGGGUGUUCUUGUCAUAUCCCCUACAAGAGAACUUGCAUAUCAGACCUUUGAGGUUCUACGCAAAGUGGGGAAAAAUCAUGAACUUUCAGCUGGGCUAGUAAUAGGAGGAAAGGAUCUGAAAACAGAGUCAGAGAGGAUCCAUCGUACCAAUAUUGUCAUCUGCACUCCGGGUCGUCUUCUGCAGCAUAUGGAUGAAACAACGUAUUUCCAUGCUUCUGAUUUACAAAUGCUUGUCUUGGAUGAAGCUGAUAGAAUUUUGGACAUGGGGUUUUCUGCAACAAUGAAUGCCAUUGUAGAAAACCUCCCAAAGAAACGUCAGACCUUGCUUUUCUCAGCAACUCAAACUAAAUCUGUUAAGGACUUGGCACGAUUGAGUCUGAAAGACCCAGAGUAUGUUUGGGUUCAUGAAAAUGCAAAAUUCAGUACUCCUGGAACGCUUGAACAGAAUUAUGUAGUAUGUGAGUUGCCCCAGAAAAUCAACAUGUUGUACUCCUUUGUGAAGAAUCACCUGAAUAAGAAGACAAUUGUGUUUUUUUCAAGCUGUAAAGAGGUCCAGUAUUUGUUCCGCACAUUUUGCCGUCUACGUCCUGGUAUUCCAAUCCUUGCACUUUAUGGCAAGCAACAGCAGAUGAAACGAGUUGAGGUCUACAAUGACUUUUGCAGAAAAAAGGCUGCUGUACUAUUUGCAACAGACAUUGCUGCUCGAGGACUGGAUUUUCCUGCUGUGAAUUGGGUUCUUCAGUUGGAUUGUCCAGAGGAUGCUAAUACUUACAUUCAUAGAGCAGGGAGGACAGCCAGGUACAAGGAAGGUGGUGAAACAUUGUUAGUAUUACUUCCAUCUGAAGAGAAAGCCAUGGUGAAACAGCUGGAGGAGAAGAAGAUCCCCAUCAACAAAAUAAAAAUAAACCCAGGAAAAUUAAUAAAUGUUCAGACAAAGCUAGAAGCUUUUUUAGCUCAGGAACAAGAGCUGAAAGAACGAGCACAACGAUGCUUUGUGUCCUAUAUCCGUUCAGUUUAUCUCAUGAAGAACAAAGAUGUUUUUGAUGUUUUCUCAAUGCCAUUAAAGGAAUAUGCAUUCUCCCUAGGCCUUGCUGUAGCUCCUCGAAUUAGAUUUCUUCAAAAAGCUCUAAAAAGGAAUACCUGCACAGGAGAUGUAGUACAAGGUACAGAUACUGUGGAUGAAAGUUUACAGGAACAUGUUUCAGAUGCUGAUGAGGAAUUGGAAGAUUUUAAGGCUCAGUUUAGGGAACAUAAACCCUCUUCCCUAAUGGAAUCCAGGGAGAAAACUGAAGAUGGAAAAGCUGUUGAGGGAAGUGUGUUUGAUGAAAACCAAGAAUCCAGUGAUGAUGGAAAUCUAAGUGACCAAAAUGCUGAAGUAGAGAACGAUAAGGGAACAAUCCCUCUUCAGUUUUGGAAUGAUGAUGAUGAUGGUGAUGACAAUGUUGAACUUGACCUGCUGACUGUGAAACGGAGGAAUGUUUUUGGCUUUGAAGCUGAUGAAAAGACAAAACCUGAUGAAAAAGAACAGGAUAAAAUAAAGAAAACAAUAACAAAAAAGACAAAAGUCAAAGAGGCAAAGAAGGUCCUGAAGAAAAAGUUUAAAGUGAAUACAAAAGUCACUUUCAAUGAAGAGGGAGAGGUGAUUCAGCAAUGGCCACCGGUACAAAAGAGCAAACUAGAUAAUGACGAGGAUGAUGACAAGGGAGGAAUAAAUAUGGAGAAAGCAAAAGAAAGGCUACGUGAAGAGGACAAAUAUGACAAAGAAGCAUAUAGAAUGAAGAUAAAAGAAAAACAUCGACUAAAAAGACUUAAGGAGAAAGCAGAAAGAAAGGCAACCAGACCAAAAGAUCAAUCUGAAGAGGAAGCUGUUGCUUACCUUGAUCAGAGUGAUGGUGAAGAUGAGUUUGACCCUGCUGACCUCCCUGAUCCUGAUAAGUACAUAGAUUCUGAGGAGGACAAUGAUGGCCGUAUUGCUGAAGCUACUGAAAAUCUCAGCAAACCAGCUGAAGGGAAGUUAAAAAGAAAAAGAAAUGAUGGCCUCAGCAGCAAUGAUGAAUGUGAGGAGAUGAUAGCAACUCAGAAGGGAAAGAGGAGAAUGAAGUCUGAAAGUGACUCUGAUGAGUACGGGCCACUGGACACAGGUCUCUCUCUGGCUGAAGAUGAGGAGCUGGUGCUUCAUCUAUUGAACAGAAAUUAAUUGCAAUCCUGAGGCAGCUUUCUGGGUCAGUCCUUUUACUGUGCUGGCCACGUUCAUUGUAUUGCAAUCAAACCAGAGCAGGUGGUCGCUGUCUGACAGUGAUGAAUGCUUUCUGAACAAGUUGUUGCAGAUCUGUAGAUGACUGCCAAGACGUUGUCUGCUUUACAGCCGGAGGGAAAAGAUCUGUAACCCUUCAGAUGGCGAUGAGACUUGGGUUAUCUGAAAUACUUGCUUAAAUAUAUGAUUUAUAUAAUUGACUCUUUGUUAUAAUUGUUAUGUUGCUUGAGAUUAGACCAAUGAUGCGGAUAUGAACAAUACGAACAGAUUCCUGUGUGCACACGUUGGAUUUUUCAAUCUUGCACCAUCAGUUUCUCUGCAAUAAAGCCACUUUCGUACACAGGCAUUAGCUUGUAGCCCAAAACUAAACUAGUCUGGACAAGAGCAAUUUGCUAAUCUAUUUGCUUAUUUAAAUAUAGGAAUUAAUUUUCUAGACUGUUUGUUAGGAUGAAAAUAUGUAAAAAAAUAAAAGAUUUCAUGUGU